AUGGCAGGCGGAAUUGUGACCGUGGCUAGUGCAGUGAUGAACCCCCUCAUCGGCAAGCUCAACGCACUCAUGGGCGUCGAGUACGAAAAGUUCAAAGGGGUCAGGAAGCAUGCCUCGUUCCUAGAGAAGGAACUCAGCGCCAUGAACGCUGCCCUCCAGAAACUCGAGCUCAUGGAUGACAAGCUCGAUCCAACCAUCAAGGACUGGGUGGAUCAUGUCAGGGAUAUGUCCUACGACAUGGAGAAUUGCAUUGAUGAUUUCAUGCACGAUUUUCGCGCUGAUGAUGCCAAGGGAGGCCUUAUAGAGAAGACUGCUCAAUUCAUCAAGAAGUUUCGACAACGUCUUCGGACAGUCGACUGGAUGGAAGAGCUCAAGGAUCUUGCCUUGGAGGCAAAUUCUCGGCGCGAGAGGUAUAAGAUUGAUGAGUGGAAGCCCGUCUCUGGUUCUGUGGCUGUUGACCCUCGGCUGCGAGCGGUCUACCAGGAGGCAGCUACUCUCGUGGGCAUUGAUGGUCCAAGGGAGAAAGUUGCUACUUUGUUGAUGGAUACUCAAAAGAAACUCAAGGUGGUGUCAAUUGUGGGAUUCGGCGGUCUUGGUAAAACUACACUUGCCAAACAAGUGUAUGACAAGACUGGCUCUCAAUUUGACAUCAAGGCAUUCUUUUCAGUUUCACAGAGGCCUGAUAUAGCUGAGCUACUUAACAAUUUCCAAUUGAAACUAGGGAUGGAUGACCCUGUUUCGUCUCGCGCUCGCAAGGUUAAUGACAUCAUUGAAGAGCUAAGGCAACAUUUGAAAGAUAAGAGGUACCUUAUUGUUGUUGACGAUGUGUGGGAUGAAUCAACAUGGAAAACUAUAUUGUGUGCUUUUCCAGAAGAUUGUAAUGGAAGCAGAGUAAUAGUUACAACACGAGUGGAAGGUGUGGCUAGAGCAGCCUAUCAUAAUGACCGUGAGAGCAUCUACAAAUUGGAACCUCUUAGUGAAGAAAACUCAAGAAGGCUGUUAUUAAAUAGAGUAUUUGGGUCUGUGCAUGAUUGUCCAUCCGAACUUGAAGGCGUCAUGGUUGAGAUUUUGAAGAAGUGUCAUGGAUUGCCACUUGCAGUUAUCACAAUAGCUAGCCUAUUAGCCGGUGAAGAAAGAUCAACAAAGGGCUGGGAAAGUAUUAGGGAUUCUUUAGGUGCCCAAUCUGCGACAAAUCCUAACAUGGAAGAGAUGAAGAAUAUAUUAAACCUUAGCUACAUGCAUCUUCCCGCUCAUCUGCGGGCAUGUUUUUUGUACCUUGGUAUGUUUCCCGAGGACUUCGAAAUCUUGACCGGUGAUCUGGUUCGACAAUGGAUAGCUGAAGGUUUCAUCAGUAGUUUGCAUGCGCAAGAUCUGGAGGAUAUUGGCAGAAGUUAUUUGAAUGAACUUAUCAAUAGAAACAUGAUUCAGCCUUCUGAAACAGAGUGUAGGGAGGAGUGUUGCAAAGUACAUGACAUGAUGCUCGAUUUGAUCCUAAGUAAGUGUGCUGAAGAUAACUUUGUAAGUGUGGCGUACAAUUAUCAAGAGAUGGCAAGACUAAAUGGCUGUAAAUAUAAGGCUCGCCGAUUAUCUCUGAGGUCCACUGUUGGUGGUGGAGCAACAAAUGGGCCAACUAUUGGUGUUGCCCUAUCACAAGUUCGAUCAUUUACACUAUUGGGGAACUCCAUGCCUCCUCUUUCCUCGUUCAAGUAUCUCCGGGUGUUCAGAAUUGAUGAAGGCCUUUCUAGGGAUGACGGGGAGACACUUGACCUCACCGCUAUUAGCCAACUGUUUCAGCUGCGGUAUUUGUAUGUUCGGGGACAAGAUUUUGUACAGCUCCCUGCUAAACUUCAAGCGCUUGUUUACUUAGAGACACUGGCCAUAAUUGAUGCCGAUAUCAAGAGCAUCCCCUCAGAUAUAGUACAUUUGCCCCGCUUGUCCUUUCUUCAAAUUUGCAUGGAAGAAGUGUUGCCAGAAUGGAUUGGGGAUAUGACAUCAUUGCACACUCUGAUAUUAUCAAGGUACAGUUUCACCGAUAAGGUCGGGGUGAAUGUGAUGAAGGGUUUUAUUGGUCUCGGCAAGCUGACCAAUCUAAGGAAAGUGGAGUUCCAAGUGGAGUGUAUGAACAAGCUGGAACUUGAAGCUUUGGCCUGCUCCAUUGGAAAGCUAUGUAACCUGAAAUAUUUUACAUUAUACGGGCCAUGUACUGAAGUCAGUAACCAGAUGGACUCAUUAUCCAUUCGUUUCCAACAUAUGGAGGAAUUUCACGGGUCUGUAUGGCAAUUUCGGAGAGUUCCCAUAUGGAUGAGUGGUCUCCAUUGCCUUCGCAUCCUCCACUUGCGUGUGGAGGAGAUUUCAACUGAGGAGGUUCAUCUUCUUGGAAGGCUUCCGUCCCUCAUGAAACUUGAUUUGAGGCCAUCGCAUAUCCCCAAAGAAAGAGCUAUAUUGGGCACAGGACUAUUUCCGGUUCUGGAGUAUUUUUUAUUCGAAUCUAGGGAAGACGUUAUGUCAUACCUGGGGUUCGAGGCGAGGGCCAUGCCCAACAUACAAACCCUCACUCUCGGUGUCGCGAAGUGGUGCGGCAGAGUACCCAUUGGCAUGGAGCACUUGUUACGCCUCCAGAAGAUCGAACUGCUUCUGCUUAGCUCCGGUGUGAUUCUAAGCUAUAUUCAGCAGCAUGGAAUGUUUGAUAUAUAUAGAUGA